AUGAAUCAAGGGAGUGGAGAUGCAGCUGAGAAGAGGAGUGAGCCGCCACCAUCCAAGAUUGAGGCAUUGGAUGGCUCCAACUACGAGGAAUGGAGCGGGCGGAUGCGGAGCGCCUUCAAGCGCUAUAAGCUGCUGAAAUUGGCUAUGGGAGAGGAGAAGAUGCCCGAAGAAGGAGAUGCCCGCGAUCAGUGGAUUGAGCGGAGCGCGGUGCUGUACGACUUGAUUCUACAGUCGGUCAAUAACGACAUGUUCCAGCACAUCAAGGAUUUGGUGGAGCUCGAUGACUCGGGACCGAAGGCGUGGAAGCUGCUACGCGACGUGGUUCAACCCAACACGCUGCCGAUGGUGAUCGUAUUGGAGAAGGAGCUGGCUGCCCUCUCCAUGCGGCCGGGAGAUGAUGUGAAGCCGGCCCUUGACAAGAUCAAGGACACCUAUGCGAGGAUGGCAGCGGCGGGCAGCAAGGUGUCGGAGAUGCAGCAGUGCACCAAAAUCAUCUCGGUGCUCGACAACUCGUGGGACAACCUCAUCCCCACCCUCAACGCUCAGCAGGACAAGUGGACGCCUGAGUGGCUACGGCAGCAGAUCCUGCAGGAGGACUUCCGCAGGCGCUACACGGGAGGUGGUGCUGCCAGCAAAACUGCUGAGGGGUAUGGAGCUGCAGGAGGCAGCAGGGGGAGAGGGGGAGGGAGAGGCCGAGGCCGCUAUGGGAGCUAA